UACCACAAGUGUGUUGGAAUAAGCCACGGCGGUGGUGAUCAGUGUGCAUGCUGGUGGAGCCGGGCACUGGUUUGUGGCCGUGGAAACUGGCCUGCGGAGGACGUGGUGACCGCCGAGGAGUACCACCCACCUGAGACCUACCCGGAAGGCUUCCACUAGAAGCCACGCCAUCAACCCCACUGCGAUGGCUGGAAGGCCACCACAUGGAGCAUGCCGAUCCCGAUCCUUUCAUGGAAGGACUGGAGCCCUGGCUGCACUGUCUAUGUCGAUGAGAUCGUCGUCGAGCCAUUGCACUACAAGCUGCUGCCUGGAACGCCAGGCAGUAUCAGUGACAGUGAGCCCACCGAGUCCAUGUUGCUGUCAGUCCUCAGUCCUCGCCGCGGGUUUCCCCACAAUGAGUAUGGAUGAUGAUGUUGUUGUGUACCUGCUGUCCAAGGCAUGCUCCGCUGGCGAGAUGGAAGUGGUGAUUGCUGUUGAUUUGAGGAAGAAGACAUUGCGAGGAGUGGGCAAGCUUGUUGCCGGAAAAGACUUCACUGACACGCGCAACCGCACCACUGAGAUGUCCAAGUAUCUCAGUCUCAAUAAGACUGCAGGGCACUUGAAUUAGCUAUUGUAUUUGGUACAGACAAAAGAGAAGAGGAAUAGAGGAUAAACGAACUGAGCAGUAGAAAGUGGCAAGGAAAGAAGAAGUAUACUGUAUACAUGUGCCUUUGAGAUUUAAGGUAUCAUUCGCCGAAGCCCACACAUUCCAACACUUAUUUGGUGCGAGGUUUCCCUGGAAGCACACUUAUUAUGUUUUGAUAUAGUUGCAUCGCAGCGUGGCACUGACGAG